GCACGUUGAUGUUACUGGAGAUCUGUGUUAUUGACCUGGAGGUCAUCUGUACGACCAGACAAGUGGACAGUGUUAAGCUAGCAGUGAAACACGUGCAGCAGCCGUGAGCUCUUCAUGAACCCGCCUCGUGUUCAGCGGUGCUCCUGGUCCUUCCCAGGGGCUGUGACUACGCUCAGCCCAAAUCCUCUGUCCUCUAUCUCCAGCCCUCUGGAAAGGCUGGGGAAACAGGUCUGGGUCUGAUGAGGAAGGAACCGUAGCUGCGCCCAACUGACGCUUUGUCCUUACUACCACAACUUACUCAACGUGCUACCAUGGCACUGAGAGAGGGACUGACGGACAUCCCCUUUGGCUCCCUGGAGGAGGAAAGGAGACUGUACACAGCCGACUCUCUCAACAACCUCCACAAGCUGAACAUCUGCUCCAGCCUCACAGACCUCAAGGACCUCACAGGCUUCCUCCACCAUGUCGUUGAAGGGCCCUCGAGCCUGACUGGGGGCUCAUCUCCCUGUGAAGCGGGGAUGCAGAGAUUAGUGGCUGUUUGCAGUCGAGCACCCCGCUCCCCGCUCUGCUCUCCUCUGACACUCACUGCCUUGUUGACAAGAUGGCCGACCCCUGCUGCCUUGUUGAUGGAUGUCCACAAUCUAGAAGAUCCAGCUCCGCGUCAGAGCUCCCAGAUCUCAGCGUCCCCAGCAGAGAGAGCGACCGGAGGUACUUCAGAAGACAAGCCCACACCAGGUAACCGUGUGGAGGAGAGCGGGGAAACCUUCCCUCCGCCCUCCCCUCCGUCCUCGCCACCCAGAUCUCUGCUCCUCCUCGUCCUCCUCCUGGUGGUGACCCUGCUCACCAGUCUCGCUCUGUCUGCCUACGUUGUCUACCUCAGGGUGGAGAUGACCUCCAGGCUGGCAGAGCUCGCUGGCGGGCUAGUGGAGAGGUCCUGCCUGGAAGAGCUCCAACAGUGGAAGAACCUGCUGCAGCAGUACCUGGACCACCGCCAGGGUCAAAGUUCACGCUCUGGGAAAGAUGAUGAACAUCUCAAUCCUCAUUGAUUGAAGAAAAGCUUCUGACUUGGAGAACCUGUAUUCAGCAGAGCCAUUUGAGCUUAGUAGGGUCAGUUACAUCUGUAAGAUUGGAGCAUCAACAUGCAGAACGCCUCCUCUUCUUCUAAUGAUACUGCUGGGAGCAGACUAACAGGAGAGGGAGGCUGGAAGACAGACAGAACGGGUGAACGGUUCAAAGGAGAAAAUAAAGAGUUUUGUUGUAUAGAAAGACGCAGACAGCUCAAUGAUGAGCUCUGUGAAGCGGGUGGCGUCUCGGUGAAUGUGGAGCCUGGAUGUGUAUUGACAGUGCUACAAUGCUAACUGUGCAAGAGCAGAGUGAUAUAAAAACAGCCAUUUAAAGUGAACCUGGAUGGGUUACUGUGAUUACAGUUAUACGUUUUUCUAAGCAGGAAAUAAAUGUGUCAAAC